AUGUACGCGCAGUUAACGUUUUUAACGUCUGUACUGCUCCUUAAGGUAACGGCGACUAAAUAUCAGUGCGGUGGAUAUGUCACACAACCAGUCCAAACAUUAUUGACAUCUCCAAUACAGUGUCAGCCUACAGGGGUGGGUUCUUUCACACCGGUCGCUCAAUUCGUUAUACCGGCCAUUAUAAAGCCAUUACUGCAACCUGAACCGACUGUCCAAAGUUUGGCACCAGCAGUACCUAAUAACUCUGGAUUUCCGGGAUUUGUACCUAACAAUUUCCCGUACGGAUUCGCGGGUCCCUUUGGUGGGAUGCCUCCUAUUGUAAUAGAGAGCGACGAUGACGAUGAUGAUUUCACAAAUCUGCUCUUUUUCCUCGUACUUGCUUUAGGAAACCGAAGAUGCGGUUUUGGGGGUUACGGAAAUUGCUGCGGAUGUUGCGGCGGAGCAUACGGAGGAGGAUUAGGAGGGGGCCGUUGUGGUGGAAGUUGCGGCUGUGACGGGUAUCAAAAUUGUUUUCCUUUCCUUGUUCCAUUCCCGUAUAUUAAUCCUAACGGUUCUACUGGUGGCGCGUCCAUAGGUGAUAUUGCAGGAUUGUUAGGCUUUGGAGCCGGCGGAAAAGCAUUAGGUGCAGGACCCGGAAUUGGAGUUGUUGGCGGUGCUUUGGGGGGAUAUGGCGUAAAAGUACCUGGAAAUCGUGGAAGCCACUCAAAUGAUGACGAUUGUUCCGAUGAAAUAAAUCUUAUCAUAAGAUAGGAACAUUUUUUGAAAUUUUAUCGCGUAAUAGAAUUAAGCCGAGAAAGUUUUCAUUUAUCAUGUAAUAUAAAUAAUAAGUUUUUAAUCGUAUUUAUUAGAUACGUUUUAAGAGAAUCUGAGAUUGUGUCCAGAGAAUAAAUAGUUCGUUUUUGUUAAGAACUUGUUGAAUAAAACUUCAUU